AAAAAGUGCAAGUUUAAUUAAAAUGGUAAAAUAUGGACGUUAGAGUAGUCGAUCAAAACUUUCAGUACCUAAUUCGUGUGGCUACAACUAUAAACCUCCCGCAAAAUGUGGUUGUAGCAUUAAUGGAUCAACAGCUUCCCGCGGAAUCGUUCGGUUCCCUUUCCGUGGAAGAGUGGAGGUGGGUUCUAGAUGGGUCCACGAUAGACGCCACUUCCGUACAUCAAGCUAUAUCGAAAUGGAAACGGCAAAUGGGGAUUGGCGAAAAACAACCGUGCAUUCCUGCAUUGGAAGCGUCAUGUGUACUGAUGCAAGUACACAAAACACAGCCAGCUGAUGGAAUAAUGUGUACGGCAAAAGCUUGUCGCGAUCAUAAUACUUAUGAAGAUCCUCCGGGGGUGAUCGAACCGCGAACAUUUGUGACUAGUGCGAAGAAAUGUACAGAUCAAGCGGAGUUUUCCGGUGGAGCAUCGGAUAGCUGUUUAACAGAACGCGACCCGGGAGAGGAUCAGCAAUCAUUGGCGGAAGCAUAUUCGUUAGAACGAGCUCCAUCAUUCUCGGAGAUUCUUCUAAAAAAAUCCGUUCCGUGCGAAAGAAGUAGACCUGUAGCACAGAGCCUACGGUAAACCGGAGGCCAACCUGAGCAGCCGCCUGAGGAUUGUCUUCUUCCCGAGAUCGGAUCAUCCGUUGCAUUUGCACGUACACCUGUAUUAGAGGGAUCGCAGCCUAUGCCACCGAAUGAAACUGAAUUUGCUGUAGGCUCGGCUGUAGGUGUAUUAUCCAAAUCGAGUGCACCUGAUGUAAGCUACAUUCGCCAACAUAUCAGAACAGACCCGUCUUACGGAAACUCAACACGAAGUGCAUUGUUCAAACUGACUGAAUGCAUGGCAUCCAGCAUUACUAGAUGUGAGAGGUCUUUACUAGCACCUGACAAAUUGCUGGAGAAACCCGUAUCGUUUAAAAGUGUCGAUCUCGGAACGUGUAGUGCUGUGAGCAACCCGCAUCAUCAGAGUAGUUUGCCUCGUCAGGCACAACCUACACUUGAACUGUCGCUUAAGGAGACCAGCUGUGCAGUGACACAUAUUACUACUCCCGGAAAAUUUCUACCUCAACCUGCGUGCUUGCCAAAUGCAACCGUUCUUUUUGAGGAUGUUCCGCAUAAUGCAAGUGGAUUUAAUCAACAAAACAAUCUAUCUGUUGAGCAACAAUCAGGAACGAAUGCGACCGCAGCUUCAAAUGAGCUGCCUACCGGUGCGGCUGUUCCACCAACCGGAGCA